AUGGCUGGCAAUGAGUCUUCGUGCUUACGUCUCAGAGACGUGCAGGAAGCGCUGGGUAAACGGCUAGAGGAGAUGCUUGCAUUGUGCGAAAACUUGCCGGAAACUGUCACUCGCGAAGAACUGGAAAAGUUGUUACGUGCCGAUCAACUUGCAGAAUGUCUUUCGGAAGAGACACUUCAUGUCAGCGAGUUCAAAAUCCGUUCCACCGCACAUUAUGUUUUUAGUGAGGCACAGCGGGUGAACAAAUUUGAACGAGCAUGCGAAAGAGGAGAUCUCUUUGCCAUGGGGGCGAUCUUCAACGAGAGUCAUGAAGCUUUCAAUCAGGAUUUUGAGCGUUGCGAUAAUGACAUCGACAAAUUGGUAACACGCUGUCGUAUGUCACAUUCCUACGGUGCCCACAUAAGUGGUUGGAAUGGUAUGGUAAUAGCACUGAUCGACGACAUCCGCCCUGUAUACCUUGGUGAUAAACUGGUCUACCAUGCUUUCGCUUCAUCAGGAGCAUCUAUAGAAUUCUUGUACCCAUUUUACUGGAUCAUCAAUAAAGUAUUUACGCCUAUUUUUGAACUCAUCAAAGGGGAUGAAGGAGAUGUACCGACUACGAUUAUCAAGUACUACGGAUUCGUUACGCCCGUUCGCUGCGUGGUAAAUCUCCGCAAACAGAAUGGAUCUUCUAAGUGAUU